AUGGCAGAGGGGCAGGGCCAGGAGCCCGAGUGCCCUGUCUGCUGGAACCCCUUCAACAACACAUUUCAUACCCCCAAAGUGCUGGACUGUUGUCACUCCUUCUGUGUGGAGUGCCUGGCCCACCUCAGCCUGGUGACCCCAGCCCGACGGCGGCUGCUGUGUCCGCUCUGUCGCCAGCCCACUGUGCUGGCCUCUGGGCAGCCGGUCACUGACUUGCCCACGGACACUGCUGUGCUCACCCUGCUUCGCCUGGAGCCCCAUCAUGUCAUCCUGGAAGGCCACCAGCUCUGUCUCAAGGACCAGCCCAAGAGCCGCUACUUCCUGCGCCAGCCCCGGGUCUACACACUUGAUCUAGGCCCUGAGCCUGGGAGCCAAACAGGGCCGCCCCCAGACAUGGGUGCUACCACCAGGUCUCUGCCCAUUCCCAUCCCCAGCCGCUACUCUCUGAGGGAGUGUUUCCGCAACCCUCAGUUCCGGAUCUUUGCUUACCUGAUGGCUGUUAUCCUCAGUGUCACUUUGUUGCUCAUCUUCUCCAUCUUUUGGACCAGGCAAUUCCUCUGGGGUGUAGGGUGA